CCGUUGACGUAGGUCGCGGCCGCGCGUUGCACGCUGCACCGACAAUUAAAAGCUCUCGACACGUGGGGGAAGAGUCUCCCCCCUGUAUUUCGGAAUCCUUGCCCACCACAAUGUUCACUUUCCGUCCCGACUAAACGGAUAAAUAGAAAAGGUCCAAGCAGGUUUCCUUGAUUUUCACAUGAACGUCUUAUAGCUAAGGAUCGGUAAAAAGUCUCACAUUGCUUUUUAACGCAUUCUCUGUCCACCCUGAAAAUUAACAUCGCUGUACAUUUUCAUGCUCAUCGAGCACUUCGUCCUUGUACAUUCUUUCCCUCGUGGGGUAGACAUGGGAUUUUUCGGGCUACAUACGCCAUAAGACAUGUUCAUGAUCCCAUGUCUUUCCCAAGAGGGAAAGAAUGUACGUCUCGAGGGUCGAGUAUUGUACUUAAUUUCUCCCUUUCUUUUUUUUUCUGUUAAGAGGACACGUUCGACCGAGAGGAAAGAGAUCGUUAGGGGAGGACGGAAGUAUAUCGAGUUGCGGAGGAAAUUUAGAAUGCAGGUGUGAUGCAUCGAAUCGAAGUAACCACUUCUACGGCAGGUGCCAAUUCUCGGCCGAAACCUUGGAUUAGGUCGAAUUGAUUGUCUUAGGUCAGCGAAGAGCGUGAAACGACUUCGGGGAAUAAUCUUUCAUUGUAAUUGCAUCCGUGGAUGAUAACUGGAAGGAACCGACGAACCUUUGGAUCGAGUACUCGAGGAUUUAACAGGCACCGUGUACAGGUGAAAUGAUGAGACAGGAAAUGAGUAGCCACUGGAAACAACAACCUUUGCGUUGCCAUGGCGACGAAUCGACGCUGCUUUUCGAGCAACCAAUUUUCUCAUUGAUUGGCUAUUUCAAUAAGCUUCCACAAGCGAUACGGUUUUAUCUCCGUCUAUUAAGGAUAUUCAACUAUUCCGCCGUUAAUCUGGACUACUUAUUCCGUCCUCACCUGUUACUCUCGCGAUGGAUUGCGCCUCGUUACAGGUGUCGAGCAGCAAAGUUAAUUGUCUCGUACGCGAGAAGGCGGAGAAACGAGUCCAGGAACGGCGUAGGAGCUUGAUUUACCUCAUCGCGGAUUAUCUGAAAGAGAACCGGUAUCUAGAAUCCGCCGGGAAUUUAGCUAAGGAAGCCCAGUUGUCGGAUGACUAUCGGAUAUGUGAUAACGUCGACCUGGAAACUAUUUUACUGGAAUACUCGGAGUAUUAUUACGCGAGGUAUAAUAAGUAUCCGAAGAUAUGCAAGAAGGUGGAUGUCCUUAAUGGAGGCGCUUCCCAGUAUAACAAAAAAGAGAAGAUAAAUAAAAAUAUCCGAAAAUUGGACGAGGAUAAUCAUUCGAUUAAGCAGAAAUCAACGCUAAAGGAAAACGCCGUUCCUUCGAGUGAACCGAAUCUUGAAAUUAUGGUCACUCCUAUUUUUCCAAAUUACGCCAGUUGUGAACAACCGCAGAACAAAAGUACCUUCGAGGCCAAUGUAUUCGACAAUGAGAGGAUCGUAAAGCCAAUUGGGGACUUGUAUCCAGUUGGAUCCGAAUGGCGUGAACUGGCGGAUGUUAUAUGCAGGGAGAUCGUAAUAACCGAUUUAAAUGUACAUUGGAACGAUAUAGAAGGCUUGGAUGAAUGCAAAACUAUUUUAAAGGAAGCCGCUGUAUACCCUAUGAUGUAUCCAAGUUUGUUUCAAGGAAAGAUGACUCCGUGGCAAGGAAUUCUUUUGUAUGGCCCUCCUGGGACAGGAAAAACCAUGCUAGCAAAAGCUGUAGCAACCGAGUGCAAGAGUACAUUCUUUAACAUCACGUCAAGUUCAAUCGUCAGCAAAUGGAGGGGCGAUUCUGAAAAGUACAUUCGCGUGCUUUCUGACCUUGCAAAGUAUUACGCACCUACUGUAAUCUUCAUCGAUGAGGUCGAUUGGACUGCGACUGGUGAUUUGCCAUCAUCAAACUCUGAACCAUCGAGACGAUUUAGAGCAGAGCUUUUAGCAAGACUCGAUGGAUUGCUGUCUAUGGAAAGUGCCCGAGUAUUACUCCUGGCUGCUUCAAAUGUGCCUUGGGAUUUGGAUGCCGCGUUGUUGAGGCGGUUGGAGAAGAAAAUUCUCGUUGAUUUGCCAGACCGACACAGUCGCUCUAGAUUUUUACAAUCCUUCAUUCAUGUUGAUCUGUUCUUCACGGAAGAAUUUAAUUAUCUUUUAAGUCUGACCGAGGGAUUCUCAUGUGCAGACUUGAAGCUUUUAUGCAAGGAAGCUUGGAUGAAUCAACUGCGUCCAAUUUGGUCAGGUUUAGAAAGCAAGAAAAUUACAUUAAACGAUGUACCAACCGAUGUCUUAAUUACUAGGACAUCGUUUCUAACGAAUGCUUUGAAAAGUGUAAAGCCUCUAGAUAUAAAAAUUGUAGACAAGUAUAGAAAAUGGCAGCAAUCACAUCUUACAUGAAUCGCAGAAAUUCAAAGUAUUAUGUUAAUUUUAAUUACUACUUCUGUUUAACAAAUAAAUCAAUGAAUCAGAGUAA